AUGGGUGUGGCGGUGAGCCGAUGCGUUGCGCCCGAGCUGCCCUUCAAGGGCCGCUCGCUGAUCGACUGGCUGAACGGCGCGGGCCGGCGUGCGGUCGCGCCCGACCCCGUGGAGGGCGCGGCCGGCGGCGCGUCGCCACCCGACCCGGCCGCAAUCGAGGCGACUGGCGGGGCGCUACCGCGCAUCGAACUUGGCGGCGGCUGGAGUCGUGUGUAUGACCUGGCCAAUGUGCGCUACGUGACGGACGUCGACUCGGGCCGGAUGCAGGUGCUCGUGCCUGAGGUGCUGCUUGGGCCGGGCCGCGGGCGCCGCGUGCGACACGUCGUCUGCGGUAUAAAAUGCCCCGUGUGCAACAAGUUUGUGCUGCCGGACGAUGUAGAGUGUCACAUUGUGAUGUGCCUCACGAAGCCACGGAUCAGCUACAAUGAGGACGUGCUGACCGAGGACAAGGGCGAGUGUGUCAUCUGCCUGGAGGAACUGGAGCAGGGGCAGACGAUCGCCCGGCUUCCCUGCCUCUGCAUAUACCACAAGAGGUGCAUUGACGACUGGUUCAAGGUGAACCGAACAUGCCCCGAACACCCUGGCGACUGACCGCCGGCCGCCGAUCUGUGACCUGUGACCUGUGACCUGUGCUGACCUUUGGCGGGCACGAGCCUUCAGGUGGCACACAGCCCCGGCGGUGUGUGGACUUCUAAGCUGUGCCGCCGCUAACGUCUGCCAGUGAUCGCCAAAUCGAAGGGCAUUGUCGGAAUGUGGCGUGGGCUUUAUCGAGGCUGUUUUGUACGUCGCCUUGCGUGAAGUUUGUCGUUGAGCGGGCGAGCUUGUGAAGAAGCGGCUGAUGCUGGGGAAGGAACUGCUUAUUUGUUAACUUUCGGGAAAUUCGCAGAUUAGUAGAAUACGCCGCGUGACUAUGGGAGGCAACUGCACGGCCGUUGUCGCCACUCAACCGUCCAGAAGAGAGGCGUUUUCUUCGCGAAUCGAACCGUUAAACUCUCCGAAAUAUUGAAGUUGCGGGUAAAAUUGUUCUUGGUUGCCAUUGUCGACCAUGCGAGCCAAAUGGAGUUUCACGGCGUCCGACCUUGAGCUUUCUCGCGCGGAAAGACGCGGCGCACGGUCGCCCUGUGGGGCGCCGGCCGUCUGAUCUCGCGGCCACGAAGGUAGCGGCGGCGCGUGCUGCGGUGACCGGCUCCCGCUGGCUCCGCACACCUUGCUGUGGACACAUGGCAGUGGAAGACAUCGCCGGGUGCCAGCAGUGCCGAGGGAUCGAUGUGAUACGCGCGGGGCUUCGUCCCCGUGUGCGCCCACGCGCCGCCCGACCCCGUUGACGUCAGAGACUAUUUUGUACAGGGCAAUAAGGAGUGGGCCCGCGCGCUGCGCCGCGCCGGCUAGCCGGUGCCGCCGUGCGUUCGCCACCGGGCAGUGCCGGCGUAUGGUGGGCUCAAAUCGGUCUGUUUAGCCGCCGCGUAGGUUUUAGUACUGCAUAUUACGCAUAAUAUUUUGAGCUGGCUCGUGAGACUGAGACGCUGGCGGCAUAGGCGAAAGCCAGGCCACGGAGCGUGCCGUGCCGGUGGCAGCGGAUUGGGCGCGGGGUCGGCAGUGGAGGGUGCUGCCUGGAGCCUGACCGCCGAUCUUGUGUGUGUG